ACUCAACCUACUAAAGAUCACUUUCCACCAUGAAAACACAAAAAUUAAUACAAUCAUACAAACAGUAACCCACAACCAGAGCAUAUUUCUACAUGUUUAAAGCUCUCCCUUUUAAGUAAUCAAGCUUCUCUCUUCCUCAACUAUAAAUAACUUAUAACACACCAUCUUUUCUCCCACUGCAACUUCAAUGGCACCCAAAACCACCAUCUUCAAGCUCACCUUCUUCUUCAUCUUCUCCCUCACCAACUCUGUCAGAACAGAGUGCAAAACUGAAGAAGUUAAGGGAAUGUUUGUGUUUGGUAGCUCCUUAGUGGAUAAUGGCAACAACAACUACUUGAAGAACUCAAACGCAAAGGCAAAUUUCUCUCCUUAUGGCAUAGAUUUCCCACUUGGACCUUCGGGGAGAUUCUCCAAUGGAAGAAAUGCCAUUGAUGUGCUUGGUGAGCUUCUCAGCCUUCCAUGCUUUAUUCCACCUUUUGCUGACCCGAGAACCAGUGGGAGAAGGAUUCUUAAUGGAGUCAACUAUGCCUCUGGGGGGUCUGGAAUUCUUGAUGAAACUGGAAAAUUAGCUGGGGAGGUGGUGAGUUUAAACCAACAAAUAAGCAACUUCGAGAUGAUAACGCUACCAGAUCUUGAGGCUCAGCUCAGAAGAGCAAGUUCCAAAACCCAAUUUUCUAAUGACUACCUAUCAGACUACCUGUUUGUUGUUGGAACAGGGCUGAACUAUUUUGCACCUGUUAUGAACCAAAAACCCUCACUCCCACAAUUCACACAGCUUCUCGAGUCCAGUCUGACAGGACAACUGGAGAAACUCUACAGUCUUGGAGCUAGAAAAUUUGUUCUCUUCUCCAUCCAACCAAUUGGUUGCAUUCCAGUUGUGAGAGAAAACAUAAUGAUAAGUAAUGGAAGUUGCGUGGAGCUGUUAAAUGAGGCAGCUUUUCUCUUCAACAAUCUUCUUAAAUCACAAGCCCUGAAUUUGAAGCAGAAAAUGCCUGGCUCCAAUCUUGUCUUCAUCAAUUCCUAUAAUAUUAUAAGAUCCAUCAUAGACCAUCCUAAUGCUCAUGGGUUUUCUGAUGCAAAUGGAGCUUGUUGUGAGCUCUCAGCACUAGAAGGAGAGGGUAUACUGUGCAAGAGAGAAGGGAUAACAUGCAGCAAUCGAACAAGCCAUGUGUACUUUGAUGGCCUUCACCCAACUGAUGCUGUGAAUUUGAGGAUAGCACAGAAGGCUUAUUGUUCUGAUGUAAUGGAAGAAGCCUAUCCGACUAAUGUGAGAAAUUUGGUUCAUAUGUAGGUUAUAAUAUUAUGUUAGCUAAGUAUGUGUGCUUCCUAGGUUUGAAGCAUAUUUAACUAGGAAGGGUGAGUGAAAACAAUGUGUGAUAUUAUGCUUGGCGUGUUGAGCUAAUUAAAUGAGUUUGGUGUUGUUAUGUUCAUGGCAUCAAGCUAAUGUUGUACAAUAUGUAUGAUCAUCAUGUUAUGUAAUUAUAAUGUUGUUAUAGUGACGAAAUUAAGGCGAGUGUUGAGAGUUAACCAUAUUUUGAUCGAUG